AUGGGUUUGUCUUGCUUACCGCUUUCACCCGCAAAUGGUCCUAACAGGGAUGUCGCAUUCAAGAUACCGGAUAACUGUGACGGAUGUGCGAAAAUUAUGACUGAAACCAUACCCAAAUUCAAAGGAGUUGCAUCAUGUGUGACGGAUACUAAGAACCAAAAGAUUGUGGUCACUGGAAGUUUUAACGAGGAGAAGUUGUUGAAAAAACUCAAGAAAGUAACAUGUGAAGACGUGGAGAUUGUGGUCAAAAGUGAGAAGAAGGGUGAUGACAUUGUUCCAGAAGAGGCUGCAAAGGCUAUUGAACCAAAUAGUGAUGAGCGUAAAGAAUUGGAGAAGUUUCUGAUGAUGUAUAGUGAUGAAAAUCCCAACGCCAAAUGUACUAUUUCGUAA